CAGGAGAAGCGCUAGUGGGGUUCGCGAAUGACAAGUGUUGGCCAACUUGGCCCCUCCUCUCCCGGCUGGCGGGGCAGCCCUGCAGAGUUGAAGCGCGACAGCCCGAACGGAGAGCGCAGGCAGCGACUUCCCCGCCGUGCAAACUUUGAUGACAGGAUCUUUGGAGAAGUCGAUGAGCGCGUUGCAAGCGCUUAGCUGGUGAACUCUCGGGAGUCCAAUCUUCAACCUGCGGCUCACCGGAUCACGAUGAAGCUCCUGGUUUGCGUGGUGGCAGUCGUCGUGGCCGUCAGUGCAAUCCACGCAGGGGACAAUUCCAACGAGCCGUGUGACGGUUUGGACUGCAGCAGAGGAUGCAGGUGCAACCCGGAGAAGGGAGCAAGGGGUCGUCCGGGGCCUCUUGGUGAGGUUGGUCAGAGUGGGCCAGAGGGGCCCCGCGGCAGCCUGGGACCUACGGGGCCCAAAGGAGAGAAGGGCCAUAUUGGCUUGAAAGGACCAUCCGGCCCGAAAGGAGACAAAGGCCCAAUGGGAGUGCCGGGAUUUCAAGGAAAUGAUGGCGUACCUGGCCACACUGGUCAGCAGGGUAGCCGAGGACCACCAGGACUGGACGGCUGUAACGGGACCAGAGGGGAGCCCGGAUAUCCUGGUUACGGCACCGGUGGACCCGGGCAACCUGGUUUCGCAGGACCAAUCGGGCCAAAGGGUCAGAAAGGAGAACCUCGAUAUGUCAGUGACGGCGGCAUCACUAGUUUACCUGGCCUUCCAGGCGAAGACGGUCGACCUGGCAGCAGAGGUCCCGAUGGUCCAGUUGGGUUCACCGGUCCACCUGGGCCGGAGGGAUAUCCCGGCCCGCCCGGUCCUCCCGGCCCACCGGGGCCAAUGGGGAGUCGCAGUGAUGGAUAUCAAGGCGAGAAAGGAGACAAGGGUGACUUGGGGCUUCCGGGACCGAGUGGCACUCCAGGUGACGGGUCUCUAAGAAGCGAGCAAACCCUCACUAUCUAUAAAGGAGAUAAGGGUGAACCUGGACGAAAGGGGAUCCGUGGAUUCCCUGGGAACCAAGGCGCUCCUAGUCCUUUUGGUUUCCGCGGUGAAUUUGGGGAGAAAGGAAUACCCGGAUACCCGGGGGCGAGAGGUCCUCCGGGUUUUAACGGACCUCCUGGCCUACCAGGACAACAGGGAUACAGAGGGACUCCAGGAUUCCCCGGGCAACCGGGAUACAGCGGACCCAAGGGAGACCAGGGAGAACCCGGACUCCCGGGACCUCCUGCUUAUGUCAGCGGUCCAAGCACUUCUGUUCAAGGACCCCCAGGUGACCCAGGCUUUAACGGGCUGCCAGGUGCACCCGGUGAUCAAGGACCUCCCGGGUUUCCAGGCCCGCCGGGCCCACCAGGACUUGGUUUUGGUUCAGGAGGACAGCCCCCCACUGUAGGUUUCCCAGGGAUCCCGGGCCCAAAGGGAGAGAAAGGCAGCCCCGGCAUACCCGGCUAUGGCACUGAAGGAGUCCCAGGCUCCCCAGGACUUCCAGGGAUCCCAGGGAUCCCAGGGCCUCCUGGACCUCAGGGCCCCUCAGGCCGACCUGUUGAGCCCUGCGUCAUCUAUCCCGAGGUGGACAGGCCCACUGUUUCGCCAAGUGUCGGCGUUCCGGGGGUCCCGGGGCUGCCUGGUUCCCAAGGACCGCCGGGAAACCAAGGAUAUAAGGGAUUCCGAGGGGAUCCCGGUGACUGCAACUGUAUCGGAGGCGGCUCCUCGGGGCUGCCUGGUCCUCCAGGAUCUCCGGGCGUCAACGGCAGUCCCGGCUUCCCUGGACCAAAGGGCGAGUCUGGCGACCCGGGCUCACCCGGCUUUGGUAGCCUUCAGGGGCCUCCUGGUCGUGCUGGUGAACGUGGGUUUUUUGGCCGUAAAGGAGAAAAGGGGGCAUCGUACUACACCAACUUUGGUUUUGGAGGAAAGGGAGAGCUCGGCGCCACCGGGCCCAGAGGACCCACUGGAGAAACAGGAACACCAGGAAGGGACGGCUCGCCAGGCUUCCCUGGACCCCCCGGACCUCCUGGCGACGCUGGCUUCGGCACACGCGGAGAGAAAGGUUUCCCCGGCUUCCCGGGGUCCAAGGGUCGGCCCGGAGGGCCUGGCGAGCCCGGCGGCGGCUUUACGGGUACGCCCGGUUUCCGUGGGGAGCCGGGAGAACCCGGUUUAUCGGGACUGCCGGGGCCGCCAGGUUUGCCUGGACCAAGAGGUGAAAACAGCUGCGAAGAGGUUAUUGACAGCGAAGAGGGAACGGGCCAAGUGCUUCCCUGCACCAUACCCGGUGAGAUCGGACUGCCCGGUUUUCCUGGUGUCCCCGGACGACCAGGUCCAAAAGGUCAGCCCGGCUCGCCAGGAGGCCCUGGACGUCCAGGAUUUGAUGGUGGCAAAGGAGAGAGAGGAGACGGCGGCUUUGGAGGACAGCCUGGCCCACAAGGUUUUCCUGGACCCAGAGGGGACUCCGGAGUUCCCGGUGUCCCAGGACAGAGUUUCGAUGGGGCCAGGGGGAAGGACGGUGUCCCAGGACGCCCUGGCGCCAAAGGCCAGCCUGGAGAAGUUCUGGGAGCCACAGGGGGGCCUCCAGGCCGGGAUGGUUUUCCCGGCCCUCCUGGAGACAAGGGCCAGCCUGGGACACCAGGAGGGUCUGGAUCACCUGGUUUUGACGGUCGCACGGGUGUUCCCGGGCUCAAGGGGGAGCGUGGAGUCGACGGUUUUCCCGGGCUUCCUGGUCCUCCUGGACUACCGGGCGAUCCAACCGUGGAAAUCCCCGGUCCACCGGGAAUCGAUGGCAGCAAGGGCCUCAGCGGCUCACCAGGCUGUCAAGGAUUUCCUGGUCAAAAGGGAGCGAGAGGAGACCCAGGUUUCCCAGGGCCUGCUGGUAUGAAGGGGAGCCCAGGACUACCCGGUACCCCGGGCUCACCAGGGACAAGGGGACCCCCUGGGCCUCCAGGACCAGGAACAAGGGAGGGAUUCCCAGGAAUACCAGGAAGGAAGGGCGAACCAGGCUUCCCAGGGGUGACAGGCUUCCCCGGAUCGCCAGGUCGUCCUGGGAGUCCAGGAUUUCCUGGGGGCAAAGGAUUGCCUGGAGGGCCUGGAAGAGAUGGACUUCCUGGAGGGCCCGGCUAUAGUGGACAGAAAGGAGAGCCAGGGUUACCCGGUCCCACAGGCCCACCUGGCCCUCCAGUUUCAGUGGAGUCGGCGGCCAGAGGAGACCCUGGAGUCCCUGGAGGCAGUGGCCUUCCCGGUUUCACCGGACCCAGAGGUGACAAAGGUCUUCCAGGCCCGCCUGGUCGUCAGGGUCUGCCUGGACUUCCAGGUUUUGCUGAACAGAGCAAAGGGCUGCCGGGACAGCCUGGUUUCCCCGGGCAGCCGGGAUUUCCGGGCGGCCCUGGCCCGAAAGGUGAAGGCGGAAUCCUGGGAUUCCCUGGCAUGUCUGGACCAAGGGGAGAUGACGGCUUCCCCGGGAUCCCUGGCAAUCCUGGACAGCCUGGUCGUCCUGGUACCAAGGGUCAGCCUGGAGAGUCUUACGGCUAUCCUGGCGGUCCUGGCUUUAAAGGCCAGCCUGGAGAUUCAGGAUUUCCAGGUGGGCGUGGCAACAACGGCGCUCCUGGUGAUGAUGGCUUCCCAGGAAGUCCAGGAUUCCCUGGUGUCAAGGGAGCGCCUGGCGAAGCUGGAGGGCCUGGACUAAUGGGCUCACCUGGUUACCCAGGUCCAAAAGGUCUGUCUGGCUUCCCCGGAAGAAGGGGGUCAGAUGGAAUCCCUGGUUUGCCCGGAGGCCCUGGAGGUCCCGGAUCGAAAGGUCUUGCCGGAGCUCCUGGUUUGGAUGGACUUAAUGGCCUCCGUGGGCCGAAAGGCCUUCCUGGGACACCUGGGGCGAGUGCCGGAACUCGACAGGGUGCCCCUGGUAUUCCGGGAUUGAAGGGCGAGAGAGGCCUCUCCUACGCAGGAGCACCAGGUUUCCCGGGGGCAAAGGGAGAGAGAGGAGCACCAGGUGGUCCUGGACUCCCAGGAUUUCCAGGUCGACCCGGACUCCCCGGUGGUUCAAUCGGCUCAGACAUCCCUGGGCCAGUGGGAGAUCCCGGCCUCCCUGGCCUGGAUGGAGAGUUUGGUUUGACUGGUCCUCCGGGCCUUCCUGGGCCACCCGGUCCAGGCACGGACCAGGGAGAAAGAGGUGAUCCUGGGCUUCCGGGUUUCCCUGGAAACCCUGGUCGAAAAGGAGAGCCAGGGAUCCCUGGAAGCCCCGGACUCUCCAGCAGUCCUGGCUUCAAAGGACUACAAGGUGACUCUGGAUUCAGUGGUGCUCCGGGCCUUAAAGGUUUUUCAGGAGACCCUGGCUAUUACGGAGGCAAAGGAGCCAAGGGUUUCCGAGGCCCUGCAGGUCCUAAGGGUCGCCCCGGUAUCACACUACCCGGCACAGUUCCACGCUUUGAGCGAACCUUUGGAGAUGGCGGUCCUCCGGGUGACCCUGGACCCCGUGGUUUCCCUGGAACCCCCGGUCAGCCUGGAACGCCUGGACGCCCAGGGGCAAAGGGACGUCCCGGUUCUGUCGGAAAACUGGGCCGCACGGGUUCUGUUGGUCAGCCUGGACCAAUCGGUGACCCCGGUCCUCCCGGUUUCCCCGGAGCCACUGGAGAACAAGGCCUUCCCGGUGGCAUUGGUCGGCCCGGUAAUUCCGGCUCGGUGGGGCGCAGCAUCAGUAUCGGCUACACUUUGGUGAAGCACAGCCAGAGCGCGCAGGUUCCCAUGUGUCCUCAGGGCAUGGCCAAACUGUGGGAUGGCUACAGUUUGCUUUACGUGGAAGGCCAAGAGAAGGCGCACAACCAGGACCUCGGUCAGCCGGGGUCCUGCCUCCCCAGAUUCAGCACCAUCCCCUUCCUCUACUGUUCACCCAACGAAGUGUGCUACUACGCCAGCCGCAACGACAAAUCUUACUGGCUCUCCACCACCGCGCCCAUUCCCAUGAUGCCCGUGGCCCACAGUCAGAUUCGGCCCUACAUCAGCAGGUGUUCAGUGUGCGAGGCGCCUUCUCAAGCUGUGGCGGUCCACAGUCAGGACUUGACCAUCCCCAACUGCCCCCCGGGCUGGAGGAGUCUCUGGAUAGGCUACUCCUUCCUCAUGCACACAGCAGCCGGAGCCGAAGGCGGCGGCCAAUCCCUGGUGUCCCCCGGCUCCUGCCUGGAGGAUUUCCGUGCGACGCCGUUCAUCGAGUGCAACGGCGCCAAGGGGUCGUGCCAUUACUUCGCCAACAAGUACAGCUUCUGGCUGACCACGGUGGAUCCCAACCGCGAGUUUGUCUACUCGCCAGAGCAGGAGACCUUGAAGGGAGGCCAAGAGCGCUCCAAAGUCAGCCGCUGCCAAGUGUGCAGCAAGGUCUUGUAGGCAACAAGGCAGGGGGGGUGGGGUAGCAAAGGAAGAUCAAUUGAUGGAUGGAUGAGGUGAUGGGAAAAGAAAUCUAUAAAAGCAAGAACAAGUGACUGAAAAUGAGCCUCCUCUGCUUGCCAAUAGUUUUUUCUUGUCAUCCCCUUUCAGAAUGAUUGGCUGAUCGCGGAACGAGGGUUGGGGGGGGGUGAGUGUGAGGGAUGAAAUGAUGAGAGGCGGGCUCUGCUCUCCUCUGGAUUAUCACUGACAAUGGUGCUAUGUGUUUGGUGUUGUCUAUGUCUUUGCUCCCGUGAGCAUCGUUUUGAGGGCGGAAAUCAUUCUCGGCUACCUCAGAGCGUGCCGACCCUUACGCAAAGCUCGGCGCCGCGUGCGCUGCGCUGCCUCGGCAUCACUUGUUGGAUGCCGAUUGCUUCCUAAAAUAUUAAUUUGCGUCUGAGCUGAUUUAACUGUAGCUCAUGUGGAAAAAAAAACAACAACAAAAAAGAUAUUUGUGGUAAUAUAAACAUCGGAAAAGUUCAACCGUUUCUAAAAGCUUUUCUUUUUUUCUUUUUUUUUACAACUGGCUAACAUUCACGUGUACCAUAUGCAUGCUUUCAUCAGACGCGAAAACGAUUAAUCCUGAAUUUUCACGCGAAUGUGGUGACAGUAUUAUUUUGCAGAAGUGUGCCCCUAAUUGUUUUCUGCCGGGCUGCCACCUGCAGUUUUUUAGACAACAAAUGUCACGACACAGCUUCUUGUUACGUUUACAACACUUCGGUUUUAAAUUUAGACCGUUUUUUUUCGUCGGCACGUCUGUUGUUUUUGUUCUUCACCCCGGUGCUACUCGGUGCUGCAGAAAUCAAAGCGGUACUUUUCCACAAAUUCUCUCGCACAGCUAACCACCACCACUUCUGGAUGACUUGAAUGAGGCCACGUUUCAUAUAUUUUGCACUGACAAUGUUUUGGAAUAAAUAUGGCAGACCAAACCACUUCCCGACUUUAAAAAAACUCCUUUUGCUUUCACUUUCUCGUGCUUCCUGAGUAAUCCAACACAACAUACACGUGUCUGAUAGAAUGUUAAUUAUUGCUGUACAUAGUUUUUACUGAAUUCCCCUGCAUUUCCCCCGCUCACAAAUGCUUUUACAGUAGUGCUUUUUUUCUUUCUAGAUAUUUCAGCAAGUGUCUUUGGAUGGGAUAAGAGUUUGUGCUUUUGAACGUACAUUCUUAUGGAUGGACUGCUGAAUUCUCAAAUCGACAAAAUAUAAGUCCGAAUUUAAAAAAAAAAAAAGAUCCCUCGAUGGUGAAAACUUUGGGACUUGGCAACCACUAUGACCCCAUGUCUACGGCGCUGUCUUUUUGGAAUCUAAAAUGUAAUGAUGUCACCUGAAUCAUGAUACUAUCCCUUGUUUUUAUUUACUGGAAUAGGAGGGAAGGACAACGUGUACAUGAAAAUGCGAGGGAGGAAAAGUGUGCUAUAUGGAAAACAAACUGUGUAUUCACUCUGAUGAUCGAUUGAAUAUGUUAUGCCACCGGUGUCAGCAGUGAUGGGAAAAUAAAUGUGGUUUUCCUCAAAGAGGACCUGAACCAAAGAAAAUCAAA